AAACUUGUGGAGUCCGGCAAAAUUGUGUGGGACUCAGAGAUUCAUCAAUAUAUCAGUGAACAGGACUUUCCUGUGAAACGAUGGGAAGGACAAGUGGUGAAUAUAACAGUUCGACAGUUAAUGUCAAUGACAGGAGGCAUCAGAUCAACGGAAGAUUUACGAGACUUCCGUCGUAUCCUCGACUGCCAUAACGUAACCGACACUUUAGCCUAUUUUCGUGGGGACCCACUGGUGGCCAAACCGGGCACUACAUUCUAUUACUCCAACUGGGGCUGGCAUUUGAUCGGUGCUAUCAUGGAGUCCGUUACCGGACAAGACUUUGAGGUCAAUAUGAAUGACUUGUUCGCAGAAUUUCACAUGAAUUCCACUCAACUUUCAAGACAUGAGGUCAUAAUCCCUCACCGGAUCAGACCAUACACUCGGACACGAACUCCUGAUAAGAAACAUUGGAUUCUAAAAAGUGCGGCACUUAUUGAAGACUUAGGCCAACCGCUACCAUGGCUUCCAAUGGGAGGCGUUAUUACAAGUGUUCCCGAUUUGCUAACUUUCACUGAUAUUAUGAUUAAGAGUUAUAAAGGCCAUGGAUAUCUGAAAUCGGCGACAGUUAAAGAGCUGUGGACUCCCAGACUAUCUGGUUAUGGGAUGGGAUGGUUUGUGGGAAAAUAUACUGAUCCCAAGACUAAUGCCACGGAUAAGGAGUUCAUUCAUUAUUCUGGUUCUGUAAUCGGCAGUGUAUGCACUGUUGCAAUGGUUCCAGAGUUAGACAUAUCAGUGGCAAUGAUAGCCAAUAUGGGAGACAUU